AUGCAGCGAAGCUUCACCCUCCUGUACACCAGUUUUCUGGGGAUGUGCUUGGGUUCAAGUUUUCCAAGUAACAUCAAUAUAGGGGGACUAUUCCCAACCGAAUCUCACGAAUAUGAGGUGUUUCGGUUCGCGCUCUCGCACCACCAGGAUAUCCCCAAACUGGUGCCGCAGGUGGAUAUGGUCAAGAUGGGCAACAGCUUCUCCAUGACAUAUGCCUUCUGUUCCCAGUUCUCUAAAGGUGUCUAUGCCAUCAUUGGCCUCUACGACAGGAAGACGGUCAACAUGCUGAUGUCGUUUUGCGGGGCGCUGCACGUGUGUUUCGUCACGCCUUCCUUCCUCGAGACGGCCAACCAGUUGGUGAUCCAGCUGAGACCCGAGCUACAGGACACUCUGGUGGGGGUCAUAGACCACUACGGAUGGACCAAGUUCGUCUACAUGUACAGCUCAGAUUCUGGCCUGUCGGUGCUGCAGAAGGUCCUGGACACAGCUGCUGAGAGGAGCUGGCUGGUGACGUCUGUCAACGUGGAGACCAUGACGGAGGCCUCAUUCCUCAAGGUGUUCCAAGACCUGGACAAGAGGAAGGAGGGACAGAUCAUCAUCGACUGUGAGACCGAAAGACUCACCUCCAUCCUAAAAAAGAUCGUUGAACAAGGGAAGAAUGCUAAGAGUUACCACUACAUCCUGGCCAACCUGGGUUUUCUGGACAUUGAUCUAACAGACCUGAGGAAAGGCGGGGCCAACAUCACAGGCUUCCAGCUGGUCAACUACACAGAGCAGAACGUCAGCCGUACCAUUCAGCAGUGGAUGGAGUUCGAAAACAAAGACGCCAAGUUCCCCAAGAGACGCCUGAAGUACACCGGAGCGUUGACAUAUGAUGGGGUGAAGGUGAUGUCUACAGCGUUCCAGAACCUUCGGAAACAGAGGAUAGACAUCUCUCGCCGUGGCAACGCAGGCGAAUGCCUCGCCAACCCGCCGGCACCCUGGGGCCAAGGCAUAGAUAUACAGAGAGCCCUGCAACAGGUGCGUAUCCAUGGCCUGACAGGUCACAUCCAGUUCAAUGAAAAAGGACGCAGGACCAACUUCACCGUCAGUGUCAUGGAGCUAGCCCCGUCUGGACCUAAGAAGGUGGGCUACUGGAACGAGGACGAGAAGUACGUGAGCACAGCCACCUUCAUGAGAGGAAGCAACGACAGCAGCUAUGGCCUACAGAACAGGACCUACAUAGUUACCACCAUCCUGGAAUCCCCAUACGUGAUGCUGAAGAAGAACCAUGAUCAGCUGUCAGGGAACGAUAAGUACGAGGGUUACAUCGUGGAGCUAGCGGCUGAGAUCGCCAAGCACGUUGGAUACCACUACAAACUGAAGGUGGUCACAGAUGGGAAGUAUGGAGCCAGAGACUCCGAGACCAAGAUGUGGAACGGCAUGGUUGGAGAGCUGGUGUACGGGAAAGCAGACGUGGCGGUAGCCCCGCUGACCAUCACCCUGGUCCGAGAAGAGGUGAUCGACUUCUCCAAGCCCUUCAUGUCUCUGGGCAUCUCCAUCAUGAUCAAGAAGCCCACCAAGUCUAAACCAGGUGUCUUCUCCUUCCUGGACCCGCUGGCCUAUGAGAUCUGGAUGUGUAUCGUGUUCGCCUACAUCGGUGUGAGCGUGGUCCUGUUCCUGGUGAGCCGCUUCAGCCCCUAUGAGUGGCACGCAGAGGACUAUGAGGAGGGGGCCGACCCCCAGACCCCUACCCAGCCGACGGGGCCCGGUGCUGGGCUACAGUCGGGGCAGAGCCCUGGUCAGCAAGGCCAGAACCAGCAGAAUCAGGAACAGACCAACGAGUUUGGCAUCUUCAACUCUCUCUGGUUCUCCCUGGGAGCCUUCAUGCAGCAGGGAUGUGACAUCUCACCCAGGUCUCUGUCAGGGCGGAUAGUGGGUGGCGUGUGGUGGUUCUUCACUCUCAUCAUCAUCUCGUCCUACACGGCCAACCUAGCUGCUUUUCUCACAGUGGAGAGGAUGGUGUCCCCCAUAGAGAGUGCUGAGGACCUGGCUAAACAGACUGAGAUCGCCUACGGAACCCUGGAUGCUGGCUCCACCAAAGAGUUCUUCAGGCGGUCUAAGAUCGCGGUGUUUGAGAAGAUGUGGUCGUACAUGAAGUCGGCCGACCCCUCAGUAUUCGUGAAGACCACAGACGAGGGAGUGAUGAGGGUCAGGAAGUCCAAAGGGAAGUAUGCCUACCUGUUAGAGUCGACCAUGAACGAGUACAUCGAGCAGAGGAAACCCUGUGACACCAUGAAGGUCGGGGGGAACCUGGACUCUAAAGGAUAUGGUAUCGCCACGCCCAAGGGCUCACCCCUCAGAAACCCUGUUAACCUGGCCGUGUUAAAACUGAACGAGCAAGGCCUGUUGGACAAACUGAAAAACAAAUGGUGGUACGACAAGGGCGAGUGUGGCAGCGGGGGCGGGGACUCCAAGGAUAAGACGAGUGCGUUGAGCCUGAGCAACGUGGCCGGAGUGUUCUACAUUCUGAUUGGAGGACUGGGCCUGGCCAUGCUGGUGGCGUUGGUGGAGUUCUGCUACAAGUCACGAACCGAGUCUCAGAGAAUGAAGCAGAACAUCAACGAUGCCAUGCACUGCUCCACCAGAAUGAGUGGGAACGGGAACGGGAACGGGAACGGGGGAGGAGGAGGAAUAGGAGGAGCAGGAGGAGGAGAGAACGGACGCAUCCUAACUCACGACUUCCCUAAAACAGUCCAGACUCUCCCCUGCAUGAGCCACAACGCCAGCAUGGGGCUCAGCGCCUCCGGCAUGUAA